AUGAUAGAAAGUAAGGUAAGAUUAAUGUUUUAAAUAAUUAGUUUUUACAGGUAAUUAUAGAAGUUUUGAAAGUGUUUAAAAAGAUUGGCAUUAGCGAUUGGCACGAACUUUAUCUUCAACAAUGUAAGUCUAAAGAACAAGUUGUUGCGUUAUGUAUGGAUUUGUGUUCAUGUAAUGUUGUGGAAUCAAAGACGUUCAGAAGUCUAAUCAAACAAGUGCUUACGAUUUUAAAAUUGUCUGUGGACGGGUUGUUAUCGGUAAGCAAACAUCGAAUACAUCAAUAUUUUUAUAUGAAAUGAUUGUUGAACAUUGUUUGAUAGCUUACAAUAUAUUUCAAAACUGUUUUUAGAUACUAGACGAAUGUUUGUUGAAUGAUUCAUAUCGUCCGGGAUUUGUUGUAAUGCCGGUAGUGAUUAACAGAUCGCCAAGUACUAUAUGGGAUGUUGAGAGAACGACGAAGAUUGUCAACUGGAUUAAUAACGGAGCCAAAAGAGGUGCAUUUAUAAAGCAUUUGUGUGAUAAACCUUGUGAAUCUGUUCUAAAACAUAUUCUGGGUGUUGACGAUGGAAAAGAAAUCUUGACCAAAGCUUUGAUAUCCUCGAAAGUGUAAGUUACGUGAUACAUUUGCUUUAUUGUUUAGAUCUGAUACUGUUGAAUGUUGGCGUGGUGGAUUGUCGGUCCUUAAAGAUAAGAGGAAAACUGAACUUGUUCAACUCUUCAAUGAUGUAAUACCGGAUUCACAUAUAAUUUCAAACAUUGGAGAUUCUUCAAAGGACAAAACUUCUGAAGAUUGCGAAAACUUGUGCGAGAACGAAGAAUCUAUAGAACAAUUGAGCCUUUUGAUGAAGAAUUUGACCAAUGCUAAAGAUGUGUCAAUUCUAACAAUGGCAGAUAUCAUGGAGACGUUAGAGUAUGAGGAAGAAAGGAACGGCAAGUUUGAGAUGCCUCGGGACAAAAUCAACAAGUUUUAUGAGAAUGUUAAGGUAAGAUAAUGUUUGCUAUUUUGCUUUGUGUUAACUAGUUAUAUAAGUUGAGCCGCAUUAUAAGUUGCAUAAUGAUCUAUAAGUUAAAUUUUGAUUAUUUCAGAAUUGCGUUGACACACUUGCUAAAGAAUCAAAUUUGGAAGCAUUGAAGUCCGUGAUUAAUAUAGUGCUUAACACUCAUUCAAAGAAACUCAUAGAUAUGGGGAAUGCAGCUCUAUUGAAAAUUUCAAAGUCAUUGCAAGGAGAUUCUGACGUGAAAACAUUAAUUGCACAAUAUGUAGGUCUUUAAACGUCUUUUAUAUUUUGAAAAGUAAAUCAACUUGCAUGUUGUUCCAAUUGUAAGGUAUCAACUUUAUUUUCAGGUAGAAAAGAUCUUGCAAUCUGAGUUUUUAUUGAAGUUGCGACCUUAUGCGUUGUCUACAAUUUUGGUAACUUUACUUCAAUCUGGACAUCUUAACAUUGACACUAUUAUUAAACAUUUUCUAGCACAAGUGAAUUCUGACUCUAAACCUAUUACAUGGUUCAACGACAGCACAUUGUCGAGGGUGUUUGAAGUUAGAACAGUACAAAUGGACUACAAUAAGACGCUGAAGUUGUUUUACGAGAGAAGAGCUUAUUCUUAUGUUAGGUGCUUUUGUAGGUAUUUUUAUUGAAAUGGAAUUUGUAGCAACAAUUUUAAUUUACCUAGGACAAUUUGUAUGAUUUUAGACCAGAUUUCAUCAGCCGUCUUUUCAAAUGGUCAUGUGUCUUUGAGUUACUUUUACUACGUGGACUCUGAACUACUGGAACACCUUUUAACUUUGUUGGAUGACAUACUUUCGAAUCCAAUAAACUACAAGGCAUUGGAAAAGGUACAAAGCGUGUUAUUGGUACUGGAGUCUAUUCAAGUAUUUGAAUUACGGAACUCACCCUCUAUUGAUCAUAUCACUAGGUAGGUUAAAAUAUAGUAUACUUUAGCUAGUUCUACUCAAAAUCGUAUAUUUUUGAAUUUGAGAAGCGUUAAUUCUUCUUAAUACAUAUUACGGUCACUUAAAAUGUCAUUUAGGUAUCGAGAGUUGUUGUCACUGAAGUUGCCAUUGUUGUUGGAAUAUAUACCUGACUGGUCAUUCAAGGCCCGAAUAUUAAAAGUGAUUCAUGGUUUAUGUUGUUGA